AUGGCAGCCUGCAGUCGAAGAGCUAGAAUUGAGUCCACCAGCACCUUGGAGAGCAACAAGGUUUCCGGGGGGGACUGUGGCUUAAUACCUCGCAUUUGUGAAGGGCUGUUCAACCGAAUCAAUGAGAAAAUGAGAUGGAACGAGGCCUCUUUCCGUACAGAGGUCAGUUACUUGGAAAUUUACAAUGAACGCGUCAGAGACCUAUUAAGGCGCAAAUCUUCGAAAACAAAUAACUUAAGAAUCCGUGAACAUCCGAAAGAAGGCCCUUAUGUCGAAGAUUUGUCGAAACACUUAGUCCAAAACUAUUGUGAUGUAGAAGAACUCAUGGAAGCAGGAAACAUAAAUCGGACAACAGCGGCCACCGGAAUGAACGAUGUUAGCAGUAGAUCCCACGCUAUUUUCACAAUCAACUUCACUCAGGCGAAGUUCGACGCUGAAAUGCCAUGUGAGACUGUUAGCAAAAUCCAUUUGGUCGACCUUGCUGGAAGCGAGAGAGCAGAUGCUACCGGCGCGACGGGCGUUAGAUUAAAAGAAGGGGGAAAUAUUAAUAAAUCUCUGGUGACGCUGGGAAAUGUAAUUUCUGCCUUAGCUGAUUUAUCUCAGGACGCUGCAAACUCUGUCGGAAAGAAGAAGCAAGUCUUCGUGCCUUACAGGGAUUCCGUUUUGACGUGGCUUUUGAAAGACAGCCUGGGAGGAAACUCGAAAACAAUAAUGAUUGCCACUAUUUCGCCUGCCGACGUCAAUUACGGGGAAACCCUCAGCACCCUCCGCUAUGCAAACCGGGCUAAAAACAUCAUCAACAAGCCGACCGUCAACGAAGAUUCAAACGUCAAGCUGAUCCGCGAGCUCCGAGCUGAAAUCGCCCGACUGAAAGCGCUGCUGGCUCAGGGGAAUCAGAUCGCACUUCUGGAUUCUCCGACCGCUUUAAGUAUGGAAGAGAAACUUCAGCAAAAUGAAGCAAGGGUGCAAGAGCUUACCAAAGAAUGGACCAAUAAAUGGAAUGAAACCCAAAAUAUUCUAAAAUAUGACUCGCAAGGGGAUUCCAAUCCUUAG